UCUAGGUCUUCGUCUCUUUUCUAGCUCCUUCUCUUUAUUGUUAAUCAUUUCUUUCUUGACUAAUCAUGUGUACAUAUGGUCUCUUUCUUUGAUCUUCAUUCUUUUUGAACAAUUCUCAGGUUCGACUUAUAACCCACCUAGCUGAUUUCUUCUGAACUACGAAAUCUUCCUCUUUUUUUUAAAAAAAAGAAUUCUUUUCGCCUCUUCAGUUUGGAGAUCGAGUUGGGUCAAUCUUGGUCUGAUUUACUGGAAUAAGUAAUAAAAUUAUGGUGAAGUCCAUGGAGAAUGGGUCUCUUGUACCGCCUUUCCUGUUGAAAUGCUAUGAGAUGGUGGAUGAUCAGUCGACAAACGACUUGAUUUCUUGGGGAAAGACUGGUGAUAGCUUUGUCAUAUGGAACCAGACUCAGUUUCAGAGCGAAAUACUUCCUCAAAACUUCAAACACAAUAAUUUCUCCAGCUUCGUUAGACAACUCAACAUAUAUGGGUUCAGAAAGAUUGAUACUGACCAAUGGGAGUUUGCAAACGAGGGAUUCAUUAAAGGCCAAAAGCAUUUUCUUAAGAAUAUCUUUAGAAGGAAGCAAUCUCAGAAUCGCAAUCAUCAGCAAAACUCUUCUCAGGACGAUAACAAUGGGGAUGCUAAAAUUAUAUGUGAAGACGGCAAGAAAACUGAGAUCUGGAAAGAAAUCGAAACUCUCAGUACUGAUAAGAAAGCACUAACGGAAGAGCUGAUUUUGCUGAGUCAGCACCAACAAACCUCUGAAAAGAAGUUGCUUGUACUAAGAGACCAACUUAAGGGUAUGGAGGAAAACCAACAGCAGAUGCUUUCGUUUAUAGUUAUGGCCAUGCAAAAUCCAGGUUUCUUCGUUCAGCUACUGCAGCCAAAAGAAACCAAUUGGUCUCGUAUGUCUGAGACAGGGAAGAACGCAUUCAAACGGGUUUUUGACGAAGACGAUGAUGAAACAAAUGAUGGUUCGGAUGGAAUGAUUGUGAGAUACCAAACGCCAAAAGAUGAAUCAAUGAACUAUCUGAGCCCUCCAGAAAAUUCUCAGGAUUUGGAUCUUUCCUCAGAUGAAGUGAAAGAUAUGUUCAUGAAUAUUGAUUUUACGCCAAUGCCUUUUGAUGAAAAGUACCUGUCGAUGGACAACUUUUUUCUUCCAAAUUUUCCUGAAGGAGGUGAGUCUAUGUUGGAACAGCUUCUUUUAUCUAGCUCUAGCUAUUUGGAAGAGAAUAAAGAAGAAGGCUGUGAGAAGAAGAGUGAUGUUGAAGAGGAGACUAAUCUGGAGAUGGGAUUGAAUUUAGAUAAAAAUGAUUCUGCGAAUAUGGAGCUAAUGCUUUCGGAAUGCAACCUCGACUAAUUGCUAUUAGUGGGAUUGAUGAGGAAGUUCUGAAGAUUGUAUUUGCAUUUUUCUUUUACCAAUCAAUAGUUUUGGGAGAAUGAUGGGUUGAAAAAGAGAGUUAUAGUGUUAUUAUACAAGCCAUUUGCUCUUUCAUAACAUCAUAAUACUUUAUAAUUAUAGAUGAAAACUAACAAUAUAUUAUAUAUAUGUUGAAGGAAGAUAUAUUUGAAUUUA